UGUCAUCCUCCAGUGAUCCAAUGACUGAGAGGCUUCUGUGUUCAAUCUGUCUGGAAGUGUUCAGUGAUCCAGUCAGCACUCCAUGUGGACACAACUUCUGUAAGAUCUGUCUCAGUACAUACUGGAACAACAGUCAAGACUGCAGAUGUCCAAACUGUAAAGAAACAUUCAAGCAGAGACCUGAUCUCAAGAUUAAUACAACACUCAGAGACGUUGUGGAUGAACAUAAGAAGAAAUGUCAUGAAGAACAAGCUGAAGUUGUGUGUGACAUCUGUAGUGAAGGAAAGCUGAAGGCUGUGAAGUCGUGUCUGGUGUGUCAGAGCUCUUACUGUGAAACUCACCUGGAGCCUCAUUUGAGAGUGUCAGGAUUACAGAAACACAAACUGAUUGAUCCUGUGAAGAAUCUGCAGGAUUAUAUAUGUCAGAAACAUGACAGACCUCUGGAGCUCUUCUGUAGAGAUGAUCACACAUGUGUGUGUCUGUCCUGCGCUGAUGGAGAUCACAAGAACCACAACACUGUUCCUUUAAGAGAGGAGAGUAAAGAGAAGAAGAUUCAGCUGUUAAAGACACAGACAGACGUGCAGCAGAUGAUCCAAGACAGAAUCAAGAAGAUUCAAGAUAUCAAACAUUCAGCAGAAUUUACAAGAAUUUUUCAGUAUUUUCCAGUUGAGGAGCAAAAAAAGGACACCCAAGGCCAACAGACCCAGCCCACCCUGAUGCUCAUCCUUGCACUGCCUGGGACACCUAAGGCCAACAGGCGCAGCUCCUGUUCUCUUUUUGCCAUAUGUAUUUAUCUACUUUAGCAAUACAAAAUUGUGAAAUGCACUAUAGAAAUAAUUUUGACUUUGGAUCCUCACACCACCUGGUAAUAGUAGGAAACCCACGCCAUUUGGAGAGAUCAGCAUUGUUUUUUUCUUGCUGGCAAGGAUUUGCUUUUUGCAAAUUACAACUUAACCUUGGUGUAGGCCUUGCUAUGAGAGACUAGUUUUUGCUGGACUUUUUUACAAUUGUACAUUUGUACAAAGUACCUGAAAUAUUUCUGUAUUUAUAUUUAAAGUUAAGGCAAAUUAUUUGGUUGGUUUUGUUAAGAUGUUUCAAUUUAUAAAAAAAAUCACCAACACAAUAUUAAUUAUACACUUGAUUUCAUGAAUUUAGUAUUGUAAUGAACAAUAUUGACCAUUUUGUGAACAUUGAAUAAAUGUAAUUUGUUGUUUAAC